UCAAACAACACAUGCUAGCAUAGCAUAGACAGUAUGCAGGUAUGCUUGGCGGGCUUGGCAAAAGUUGCCCUGCAAAUCAAGAGUACUGAAGCUGAAACUUUUAAAGAUUUAUUUGUCCAUCUUGGAGCAUUUCAUGUUAUGGCGUAUUUCAAAGCAGUGGGUAAAUUUAUUGAUAACUGUGGUCUCGCAAAUAUCAUGUUAAAUGAAGAAUUACUCGCCAAUGGAUCAGUUAAUGGUUUUAUUAGUGGCAAACAUUUUAAUAGAUGUAAACGUUUACAUCCAAUGAUUGCAUUAGCAUUGAAAAUGUUGCAUUUUGAAAGCUUCCUUCAACAUGAAAAUAUAAAUUUACCUGAUAAAUUCAAAAACUAUUUGGUCCAGUUUUUAAAAACAAGAACGGUUGAACCGACAAUACAAUUAACCGGAUUAAUGGAACUACUUGAAAGAUAUGAACAAUUUAAAAAAAAAUACUUUGAAAGGCACGCAUGGCAAGACAGCGCAUGAUCAAAAUUAUGCCCGUUAUUUAGUUAAGUAUCUUGAUAAUUUAAUAAAAGUUGACGAGACUCAUCCAGGAUUACGCGAAAAGUUUGAAAAAGGAUCAUUCGGUAUGAAACGAACAAAAAAGCCUUACUCAAAGCAACCAAUUGAUUUGACUCUUGAGCAAACUAUAAACGCUGAUGCUGCGAAUAAGCUGACGGAAAUUUCGAAUAUAACUAAUUCAAUCUCAGCUAGGCAACGAUGGUGUCGCAGUCAUACUAUUCGUUCAACUAUCACCAUUCAUACAAUGAAUGAAUGUGGACAUAGUAAAGUACAAGACGUGACCGCAGUUCUAAGUUUUGAUAAAUUUUUCCAUCAAUAAAAGUUACAGAACACAAGCUACGAGGUAUGGAGCAAGCAAAAUUCCACAUCGAAGGCCCGGACCAAGUGCGAAGCAAAGAUUUUUCCCUUGAGCUGAAGAAUGUUAAUUUUAAGGAAGCACUGGUACAGUUUCUUAUUGAAAAUUGGGAAGAAGAUUAUACCUAUGUGGCCGUAUAUAAAGGAUAAA